CAGCACCACCCUGCGCUUUCACGAUUGAGUUGCGCUUUCCUCUCCCUCAUCUAACACUCCCACCACCACUACCAUCAUCCUCACGAUCAUGUCACGACAGACGCUACUGCUUCUACUGCUCUUCGCCGUGCUAGCAUGCGCACUCUUGCCAACCGCAAAUGCCUUUGGAGCGGGCAACAUCCCGUCGUACUCUGCGAUGGAGGGAUCAGCCUUCCGACAUGGCGACUUGGCUGAUGCCAUUGCCCAGCUCUCAAAGAAGACCGGUGGUAUCUUUGGGAAGGGAAGCAAGUUCAGCGCAUUUGAGAUCAAGCAGGUCUAUCUUGGAAACUGGCUGCGUGACUAUUCCCAAGCAAUGGACGUCGCCGGACUCGAGAAGAUGAGCAAGCAGACGAUUCUUACCAUCUGCAUGGUCUUGGGCUUCCUCUCCUUCGGCUAUGCCACUGGCGAGUUUGAGGUGACAGAGGAGCGACUCGGAGUCUAUCGCUGCGAGGAGCAUCUCGAUAAUCCAAAGGGCUACGCCGAAGGCAAAGACGCCCGCACCUUUGACCGCCGUCUGCGAGGUCCCGUGGACCCGCGCGAGCUCGAAAUUGACCCGCGUUCUGGCAUGAAGAACUACCUCGCCAACGAAGACGGCGGCUGGCCCACCUCAUCCAAGAUGAUCCGCGAAACUCUCAUCGAAGUCAUCCAGAUGGGGCGAGAACAUCGUCGCACAGGCAGAAAGGAGGUCCUCUACGAGGCUUACCGCCAGCUGGGGAAAGCCAUGCACGCCAUGGAGGAUUUGCCUGCUCACUCCAACUGGUGCGAGCUCGCGCUGCAAAAGCUGGGCUACCGCGACGUAUUCGUCCACGUAGGCGACAACGUGAAAGUACGAGCGCCAGACGGUCAAAUGGUCGCGCCCCUCGUGACGGGCACGUUCGGCGGUAGUGACUUCGUCCAUUCCUUGCUGGGUGAAGCAGGGGACCACCUCUCCUCCGCCUCCGUCUCCGACCUGUCCAAGUCAGUCAACGAAGCCAAGCAGAAGUCGGCGCAGGGCAAUGCCUUCUCAUCGAUGAUGGGCAUGCUGGGAAACGUCCCUGGCAUGUCAGACGGCAACGUCUCGCGCGAUGCUGAGUCCCUCUCACGAGGCCCGUCACAGAAUCCGGAACUGAUGAGCCCACAAGAGCUCUACAGCAACCUCUUCAAGAUCCUCACCUUCCACGACCGCAUCAUGCGCGGCAUUGAGACGACGAUUGAGAAGAUUCCGGGCCUCUCCUCGCUCAUCGAGAACGUGAGCAACUCCAUCGCCACCUUCACCAUGACGCUCAUCGAGCCCUUUGUGGCUCCGUUGAUGAAGCAGGCCAUGUCCGGCCUGCAUGCGACAAGUGGUGCCGUAGUUAGUGGAGCGGACCAAUACGAGGUCUUCAACAACCCAAACGCCUCAGACCCGACCCACUCGCAGCUGAGCAAGGACCACUUCGGUUUGAUCCUCAACGAGGUGGGCGGUAAUGUCGCAAUCAUCAUCGACCGCCAUCUGGUCAACAACGUCGUAGCGGCAUGGGACGACGAGAGCAAAGAUCCGCGUCGCGUAGCAGAUGAGUGUCUCGCCCCCAUGUGCCACCCGUACUGGGCUGGCGCUCACCCCGUGCAGCGCGAGAUGCUCGACUUCGUUGCUGCUUGGGCUCGUAGCCACCCUCGCGAGAUCAGCAGAUUGGACAAGCAGCACUGCCGCGCUCAUACGAACACGCGCGAUGGCAAGGCUGCGGAUCAUGGGCAGGGUUGCGGUGGUGGGGGUCCUACGCUCUCUCAGGCUGGAGUGAGCCAUCAGAGCACCGGCUUCGGGCCUAGUCUGGCGCAUAGCGUGCAGGGCAAGCUUGGCCUGCCUACUUCGCUCGGCGGGCUGGGUAACAGUAUGGCUCAUGCUGCGGGGUUGCGAGAAGUAGGCGCGGAGGGCGGGCAGGGGUACGAUGCUGCGCGACGUGACGAUUACGGACGACGCGGUGGUGAUGAUGAUGACAAUGAGCCGAGGCGUCAGCAGCACCACGGUGGCGGCCGUAGCGGCGAAUCGUCGGGCUACUAUGGUGGCAGCAGGCGCGAUGAUGAUGAGAGUGAUGAGCCACGACGUCCUCAGCAGUACUCCAGCGGCGGACACUCUGGUGGUCAGCACCACCAGUACGGCUCAAAUGAUAACGAUGGCGGUAGCAUGGGCUUCCCUCAAGCUCAGCAUCACGGGCAUGGUGGCAAUGACUACCAGCAGCAGCAGCAGCAGCAGCAGCACUACGGCGGUGGAGGAGGAGGAGGAUAUGGUGCACCACCCCAGCCUCACUACCAGCAAGGCGGGUAUGGAGGAGGUGAUGGCGGCUUCCCUCACCCGCAGGGCCCGCCUCCGAACAUGUACGGUGGUCCGCCUGGCCCACCGCCUGGACAGUAUGGCGGGCAGCAGGGCGGGUACGGCGGGCAGCAGGGCGGGUACGGCGGGCAGCAGGGCGGGUAUGGUGGGCAGCAGCAGGGGUACGGUCAGCAGGGCGGCUACGGGCAGCAGGGAGGGUACGGGCAAGGGGGAGGGUACGGCGGUGGAUACGGUGGCGGCUACUGAGUUCGAAGAGAGCAAGCCAUGUAUCCAUCCUGACGAUCAUGGAAAUGAAUUAUCACACGAGCCCAAGAAACAGACAGAUCGAUGCCCACACCCAAAUCAUGCCAGAUCCCCCUGCGCUCUACUGCCUCGCAUCCUCCGCCGCCACGCUUGAGAUGAAGGUGUGCUCCUCAAAGAGAGUACCCUUGACCUCCUUCUUCGAACCACUCCCAUCAUCCAGCUCCAGCGUCGUGGGGUUCAGCGUCUGAUAGAUGUACGGCUUUGUCCCCGCAACGUAGUUGACAAUCUUGCGCACCAUGU